AUGAUCAGGGCACUUCUGCUGUCUGCAUUGGUGGCUGGAGCUCUCAGUUGUGGGGUCCCCACUUACCUGCCCCAGCUGCCCAGGGUGGUUGGAGGUGAAAAUGUGAGGCCCAACAGCUGGCCCUGGCAGGUCUCCCUGCAGUACAGCAGCAGUGGCCAGUGGCGCCACACCUGCGGAGGAUCCCUGGUGGCCAACAACUGGGUCCUGACAGCUGCCCACUGCAUCAGCUCCUCCAGGACAUACCGCGUGGUGCUGGGCCGGCACAGCCUCUCCACCAGUGAGUCCGGCUCCCUGGCUGUCGCAGUCUCCAAGCUCGUGGUGCAUGAGCAAUGGAACUCCAACCAACUCUCCAAAGGGAAUGACAUUGCUUUGCUCAAACUGGCCAACCGUGUCUCCCUGACCGAUAAGAUCCAGCUGGGCUGCCUCCCGCCGGCUGGCAGCAUUCUACCCAACAACUACGUCUGCUAUGUCACGGGCUGGGGAAGGCUGCAGACCAACGGGGCUCUUCCUGACAUCCUGCAGCAGGGCAAGCUGCUGGUUGUGGGCUACGCCACGUGCUCCAGCUCCAGCUGGUGGGGCAGCACCGUGAAGACCAAUAUGAUCUGUGCUGGGGGCGAUGGCGUAAUCUCCAGCUGCAAUGGGGACUCCGGCGGGCCACUGAACUGCCAGGCAGAUAACGGCCAAUGGCAAGUGCACGGCAUCGUCAGCUUCGGGUCCUCCCUCGGCUGCAACUACUACCACAAGCCCUCUGUCUUCACCCGGGUCUCCAACUACAUUGACUGGAUCAAUAACGUGAUUGCAAAUAACUAACCAGCAGAAGUCCCCGGACUGCUUGAGACUUGGAAAGGUCACAGAAGGAAAACACUAAUAAUAAAGUAACAACUACACGCAUCACAUCUUGGUGAGAGUCUUAUUACUAAACCAUCCUCACAUCUAGCCCUAAAAGCAAGAAGCAGGCCACGGUGAGGACAGCUCAAAAGACCUCAGGGAUGGGCCUUCGCUGGGAAAGCUCAACAUCUCAGUGUCACACAGGACGAUCACCCUAGGUGCAGGGGUCUUUCAGCCAGGAAGGCAGGCACCUGGAGCCACAGGCUGGACUCAGAAGACCUGGGUCCAGCCAAAUCUCUCCACUGGCCACCUGUGUUCCCCUGGACAAGCAACUUGACCUCUCUGAACAC